AGACCACGUGGACUCAAAAAGGAAAAUCAUGGAUUCAUGGUCCGUACGAACAGUACAACGUGCCCUUCCCUCACGACCUACCCAAACCAAAGCAACCGAAAGGACGAAACGAAGAAAAGAGAGCUCUAGCGAUAGAGAAACGAAUAAUCCAGCAACGGUGGAGGGGGUUUCGAAUUCGAAUUCCCGGGAUUUCAGUUUCCGCGGAUUCUGUUUUCCUCUAAUGAAGUUGCUUAGACUCUAUUAGCAUCCCACACAGAGAGAGAGAGAGAGAGAGAGAGAGAGAGAGAGAGAGAGAGAUGGAGGGGACUUCGAGAGAGAGGGAGAUGGAGGGGGCUGAGAAAGAGAGAGAGAUGGAGGGGACUUCGAGAGAGAGGGAGAUGGAGGGGCCUGAGAGAGAGAGAGAGGUGGAGGGGGUUUCGAAGGAGGCGCAGAUAUCAAUAGCGGCGUCGAUGAUGUUUCCGGGGUUUCGGUUCUCGCCGACGGACGAGGAAUUGAUUUCCUUCUACCUGACGAAGAAGAUAGAGGGGUCUGAGAACAGCGUGGAAGUGAUUUCCGAGAUUGAAAUUUGUAGACACGAGCCUUGGGACUUACCAGCCAAAUCGGUUAUGCAAUCAGAUAAUGAAUGGUUCUUCUUUUCUCCUCGUGGAAGAAAGUAUCCAAAUGGCUCACAAAGUAAGAGGGCAACUGAAUUGGGUUAUUGGAAAGCCACUGGGAAAGAACGAAAUGUAAAGUCAGGUUCCAAUGUAAUAGGUACAAAGAGGACUCUAGUGUUCCACAGAGGCCGUGCACCAAAAGGGGAAAGGACGGAAUGGAUUAUGCAUGAAUACUGCAUGCCGGGGAAUCUCCAGGAUUCUUUGGUUGUUUGUCGCCUCCGGAAGAACAGUGAGUUCCGCCCAAGUGAUUCUUCACCCCGAGCUUCAAUUCAAGGGCAUUUGCCAACUUUGCCUAACAGUAAUUAUGCAGUCUCUGAAGCUGGUAUCGACCAGUUGGGAUUGUCCGAGGGGGACAGGGCAGUUGGUAGCAGUAAUGAUUCUUAUUCCAUUGAGCAGAUUGAUUCCACAUCUGAAUCUGAACAGAAACGAACAAAUGAUGUUACUCAGGCGGAAACUUCCAGUCACCAGAAGGAAACUGCCAUUGAAGAAGAUUUUUAUGCUGAUAUACUGAAUGAUGACAUCAUUAAGCUAGACGAAUCUUGUCUAUGUGCUUCUCCUAGAUUCCUACCAAUGGUGACUUGCAUGUCUGAGGCUGAUAGAAAAGCUCAAGAACCAAUGCAAGCUAUUGUUUCACAGGUGAUUCCUUUACAAGGCACGGCGAAUCGAAGAAUCAACUUAAGAAUGCGAGCAUCAAGUAUGUUUGCUGCGGAGACAUCGGAAUCUUUGGAAACCGGUAAUGACAACAACUUUGUAGAGAAAGGUGAGCAUCCAAACCCAGAGCAGUCACCAAAAUGUGUGUUGGGUAUACUCUCUCGCAGAACAAGCAAUUGUAGGCGAGCAUCUAUACUUUUUGUUAUUUUGACUUUACUAGCUUUGUUUCUGUCUUUGUUGGGAGGUUCCCGGCAAGCCAGAAGGAUUACAUAUUCCACUGUGUAUGGGCACUUUUGGCACCGGAUGUAAAAAUAUCAGAAUAAUCAGAUUGUGGGUCCUGAAACUAGUUAGCCUUUUCACUUGGCAUAUGUGUGAAAAUACAUGUAACACCCUCAAAUUAAAUUUAAA